CCACACUACUUUUGGCCGUCUUUACCGACACUAUUCCAAAUUAAUUUAUUUGUUAUUGUCGCUCCGUUUGGACCUGUUUCCCAAGCAAUCCGCGAUGUCCAUCUACGCCGACGUUCCAAAAGGACCCGCCAUCGAGGUCUUUGCCCUAACGCAGGCCUUCAAGGACGAUAGCAAUCCCAACAAGGUCAAUUUGUCGGUGGGCGCUUACAGGACAGAUGCUGGAGUUCCCUGGGUUUUGCCUGUGGUGCGCAAGACGGAAAUUUGCAUUGCCAGCGAUGAGCAGGUUAACCACGAGUAUUUGCCAGUGACUGGACUCGAGACAUUCACCAAUGCGGCCACUGAAUUGGUUCUGGGUGCUGAUUCCCCUGCCAUCAAGGAGAAUCGCGCCUUUGGAGUGCAGACCAUUUCGGGCACGGGUGCCCUGCGCAUUGCCGCCGAUUUCCUGCACACACAACUGAAUCGCAAUGUGGUUUACUACUCGAACCCCACAUGGGAGAAUCACCACAAGAUCUUUUGCGAUGCCGGCUUUACGACCGUGAAAUCGUACCGCUACUGGGACCAAAAUAAACGCCAGUUGGACUUCAAGAACAUGCUGGCCGAUCUGAACGAUGCUCCGCCCGGUGCUGUGAUCAUUCUGCACGCCUGUGCCCACAAUCCCACCGGCAUUGAUCCCACCCAGGAGCAGUGGACCGAGCUGGCCGAUCUGAUGGAGAAGAAGAAGUUGUUCCCGCUGUUCGAUUCGGCUUACCAGGGCUUUGCCAGUGGUGAUCCCGAUCGCGAUGCCUGGGCCGUUAGGUUUUUCGUGCAGCGUGGCUUCGAGCUCUUCGCCUGCCAGUCGUUCGCCAAGAACUUUGGCCUCUACUGCGAACGUGCCGGCAACCUGACGGUGGUGCAAAAGAAUGGCGCUACCAAGGCAGCGGUUCACUCUCAGCUGACGCUGCUCAUUCGUGGACAGUACUCGAAUCCGCCUGCGUAUGGAGCUCGCAUCGUUUCCAAAGUCCUAAACACACCGGAGCUGCGCAAGGAGUGGAUGGCCUCCAUCCAGGCUAUGUCGAGCCGCAUCCGCGAGAUGCGUACGGCUUUGCGUGACAAGCUGGUGGCCUUGGGCACACCCGGCACCUGGGAUCACAUUGUCAACCAAAUCGGCAUGUUCUCCUACACCGGUCUGAACGAGAGCCACGUUCGCGUGCUGAUCGACCGGUACCACAUUUACCUGCUGAAGACGGGACGCAUCAGCAUGAGUGGCCUGAAUACGGGCAACGUUGAAUAUGUGGCCAAGGCGAUCCAUGCCGCGAUCACCGGAGCAGGAGAAAGCGCAGCUUGUCCUUGUGACAACAAAUUGUAAUCGUACCAUAGAACGUACCAUUGGAUAGAUACGUACAACGACUAGCUAUGUACAUAUAUUGGGCAUGCGAUUUAGGAAUCCCAAAGCUGGAUCACAGAUGUCUGCACCAUUGGCAUUUAAAUCAAACCAACAACUAUUGCAAUUACUAAACGUAUAUACGCGGCUUUUAGAUGGAUAUACACAUAUUAUACACCGGAAAUGAAUGUUCCACAUUAAAGUAAAAAGUUUACAAAAAUUACGCACUAUUGAAAGCCGUCGAAGAUUGGUUAAAUAAUUUAAGCUUUAUAACGUUUAUUGACCUGCGUGUAGUAACUAGAUAAAUCGACAAUAACAUUA